CCCUCUUCCCUCUCGCCCGAGCGAACCAAAGAAAGAAGAAGAAGAAGAAGAAGAAGAAGAAGAAGAAGAAGAAAUGCGGAGCGCCCCCGCCCCCGCCCCCGACGACGACGCCGCCUCCACGUCCUCCGCCUCCUACUGGUGGCGGUCCGCGGCGGGCGAUGCCGGCGUGGGGGGAGUGAGGGUGGUGCGGGAGAUGGAGCGGGUGGCGGCGAUGGCGGAGGAGCGCAUGGACGAGCUCCGGCACCGGCUGGUGACGUACCGGGCGGGGGACUUCUGGCUCCCCGCGGGGGGCAUCUCCCGGGAGGACACCGACAUCCCCCCCGUCGUGGCGCUGCUGCUCCUCGGCUUCGCCGCCGCGGGGAAGAGCUCCCUCGUCCGCCACCUCUACUCCGUCCUCGGCCGCGCCUCCGCCUUCGCCCCCUUCCCCCUCACCACCUCCCCAGCAGGAAAGGACGGGCGAACGCUGUGCUUGGAGGAGCACAACGUGGUGCGGUCGACGCGGAACGGCUUCUGCGUGUUCGACUCGCGGGGCCUCGACUACGACCGCGUCGCCGACGGCCUCGACGAGGUCGCCGACUGGAUGGACCACGGCGUCCGCCACCGCCAGCUCUGCCGCGGAGCCUCCGCCUCCGCGGACUCCGCCUCCUCCUCCUCCUCCUCCGCAGCCGCGGCCGAGAAGCGCUUCGUGCGGCGGCGCGUCAACUGCGUCGUGGUGGUGGCGAGCCUCUCGGAGCUCUACCGCUCCCUCCUCUCCGCCGACCUCCGCAAGCUCGACGCCACCCGGGAGCUCUUCCACUACCCCGCCAUCAAGACCACCUGCUACGAGGACCCCAUCCUGGUGCUGACCCACGGCGACGAGCUGACCCCGGCGGAGCGCAUCGACGCCCGCGUCCGCGUGUGCGACUACCUCGGCGUCCCCGACCACGCGUGCGGCGCCGUCUACGACGUGGCCUGCCCCGAGGGCCUCCACGUGGCGGACGAGGUGGACCCCGUGGCCGCCUACGCCGCCGCCGAGGCCGUGUUCCGCGCCCUCCACGUGGCCGACCGCGCCCACCCUCCCAAGCCCGGCCCCAAGGAGUGGGCCCUGUGGGCCCUCACCUGGUCCCUCUGCGCCCUCUCCGCCCUCUUCGCCUUCCUCUCCUGCUUGUGCUCCAAAUUUGCCCAGGCCAAUAACACCAACACCAACACCAACUCCUCUUACUCUACUACUACUACCACCACCAGACUCAGUACUAGAGACCACCCCCACCCCCACCCCCACCCCCACCCCCACCGCAACAAGUUUAGGUGAAAAUUUACAUACAUUUACUACAGUUUUAGUCCUCAAAUCUUUGAUCCCCAACCCAAUUCCGAUUAGUUUAGUUAGGCUGCGCGCGCGCCCCGUCUGAACAAAUGACGUCGAUCGUGAGAUCUUGUGGCGCCGCCCUGCAUGCAGUUCUGCUGACAUUUAUGACCAUUCUUUUCCCACAAACAUGAACAUUAUUAUUUGUUUUCAUACGUACGGCCGCUAAGUAACGUAAAUGAUGCCGUAGACAGACCGAAGGCUUACUUUCCAAAUGCAUGCAUGCGCAGCGCCCAGUCGUCCACCUUGUUGUUUUAGAGGAUUCAAAAUAAUUUUUAAACUAAUAAUUCAUGUGAAAUAGUGAUGAGAACCGGCGCCGAACAAAUGCUUCUUUUGGCACCGGUUUUCAUCACUUAUUUUAUUAAAGUAAAAAGAAUCAACAGGAAGAAAACAUUGUAAAAUGCUUUUCUUACGAUUUUGAAUCUUCUAAAACAUCAACGGUAUUAUAGUAAAGACAACGUCGCCGCGUUCUCGGCCAACUAGGCGGAAAUUGCUGUGAAGAUGGAAAUUUUUGGAGUAACAAAAAUGAUUAGAACUGGAAUUCUGAAAAUGUAACCGAAAUCGGGAUCAAAUUUUAGGCACUAACUCUGUGACCAAACCUUGCCAUUAUAGCUGUCAUCUUCAGGACGCUUGUUGUUGUUAAUAGGAGAGUUUUGAGGGACUUCUAAUGUGAUUAAAUAAAGCCUAACAUUAAUUUGACGCACUAACAAUGUUCCUUGUUCUUUGUUCAAAGGUUGGGUUUCAAUAUAAGACAAUGUUGUGAGAUCGAGGGUGGUAUUGUAUGUUUAUUUAUUUAUUUAUUUAUUUAUUUAUUUAUUUAUUUGUUCAAUCGAGUGGGUUUAUAGAAUGAUUUUGUGUACAGGGUUCUGGUGUGAAAAGCUGGUCUAUUGGCCCUAAUUAUUUUC